UUCAAUAUGGCGGACAGCAGUUAACAAUCAUCCAGCGAUUGUUGACUUGUCAAGGUUUAAUCCGUGAACUAUCAACAAAAUAAAACAACCACUUUUAUCUCAAAAUGAAUAUGUCAGUGGAGAAGAGAAAAUAUCCAUCGGCUUUACCAACAAAUUGGCCGACGAGGGACGAGAGCACUAGGAAAGCACAGAAUCAACUCUCGUCAUUGUCCAACUCUGGUAAAAUUGACGUUUACUACUACAGUCGAGGUGUGAGAAAUGACACGUCGUUAGUUCCCCCAAUAAGACAGACAGCAUCGAUAUUCAAGCAACCAGUGACAAUUUACAAAACUCAGGAGGGAAAAGUCAAGGAUAUCAAGCAUGGCAGUCAAGAAAAACCGAAACAGGAUGGGGCCGAUAAAACUGACAGCAAGUAUGGCUCCCAAGAUAAGCCUAAACAGUUAUUCUGGGAGAAGAGGCUGGAAGGGUUGAGGGCCUGUGAUCCAGAUGGUUACGAGUUCGAUGGCAUGGAUUUGCCGAAGACACUGAAGCCAGUUGGACCUUACAUCACAGAAGAAACACUACUCCAGAGUGUCGCCACAGCCCUCCACGUUUCCUCACAGCCAGUGACAGGGCAAACGGGGUCCAAAUCUUCAUUAGAAAAAAAUCCUGGGGUGUUUCUCAAUCCAGAGCAACCCCUCGUGCAGGCUGUUGCGAUAGCUGACGACGACAUUAAGAGGCAAGAAGACCGAGUUGCAUUGGCGAGGAUAAAACUUAAAGAAGCCUUACGUACAUAAAUUCGAGUAAUAAACUAGAUACAUUUCAUCGAUCAUCUUCCUCAUCGACAAUUUUCAUACCUAAGUUAAUUUUCACAUGAAGCAAAAAACAAAUCAAAUAAAACAUUCGUUAUA